CUCGCCCACCUGCACGCCGCUUCCCGCAAGAAAGAUGGCCGCGGCCUGAGCUGACGGUCGGCGGCGUCGCGGGCGCUGCGCUCUCCGGACCCGGCGCGGGGAGCGAGGCCGACUGUUAACUGCUCAUCCUCAGCCUGCAGCUCUGCUGGGGACACGGAGCCCUCUGUGGCACCCGGGCUCAGUCUGGAGCCGUGACGUCACUUGCUUCUCUGUGCCCCCGGCCGCCAGCCCACACCUGGAAGCCGUCCCACAGUCUGGGCCCCGCGACAAUGGCAUCCAGGCAGGCUCCCCUCUGCGGCCUGGCUCCGUGCUGCCUCUGGCUCCUGGGGGUGGUCCUUCUGAUGGACGUGUGUGCACGGCCCGCCAACCACUCUUCUGCUCGGGAGAGAGCCUCCAACAGGGAGCAAAACGAGAUCCUGCCCCCAGACCACCUGAACGGGGUGAAGCUGGAGAUGGAUGGGCACCUCAACAAGGACUUCCACCAGGAGGUCUUCCUGGGCAAGGACGUGGACGGGUUUGAGGAGGACGCAGAGCCGCGCAGGAGCCGCAGGAAGCUGAUGGUCAUCUUCUCCAAGGUGGACGUGAACACGGACCGGAGGAUCAGCGCCAAGGAGAUGCAGCGCUGGAUCAUGGAGAAGACGGCCGAGCACUUCCAGGAGGCCGUCAAGGAGAACAGGGUGCACUUCCGCGCCGUGGACCCCGACGGCGAUGGCCGAGUGUCGUGGGACGAGUACAAGGUGAAGUUCUUGGCGAGCAAAGGCCACGACGAGCAGGAGGUUGCUGAAGCCAUCAGAAACAACGCAGAGCUCAAAGUCGACGAGGAGACACAGGAAGUCCUUGAGAAUCUCAAAGACCGCUGGUAUCAGGCGGACAACCCCCCCGCGGACUUGCUGCUGACGGAGGACGAGUUCCUGUCAUUCCUGCACCCGGAGCACAGCCGGGGCAUGCUCAAGUUCAUGGUCAAGGAGAUCGUCCGGGACCUGGACCAGGACGGUGACAAGCAGCUGUCUCUGCCUGAGUUCAUCUCGCUGCCCGUGGGCACCGUGGAGAACCAGCAGGGCCAGGAUGUGGACGACAACUGGGUGAGGGACAGGAAGAGAGAGUUCGAGGAGCUGAUCGAUUCCAACCACGAUGGGAUCGUGACCCCCGAGGAGCUGGAGAACUACAUGGACCCCAUGAACGAAUACAAUGCCCUCAAUGAGGCCAAGCAGAUGAUCGCCAUCGCGGACGAGAACCAGAACCACCACCUGGAGCCCGAGGAGGUUCUCAAGUACAGCGAGUUCUUCACGGGCAGCAAGCUGAUGGACUACGCCCGCAACGUGCACGAGGAGUUCUGAGCCCCGGCCCGGGCUCCUUCCUGACCCUCCACAGCCCGCCAGGGAGGUGACUGCGCCGCGCUGUCCAGAGCCCGCCCUUCCUCCUGCUGCCCCCAUGCGGCUGGGCCCGGGUCAUUAAAGAUGUGCUGUAACAGGCCGCCAGCCCGCCCCAAAUCACGCGGCUGCGGCACAGCGCUCAGCGGCGUCUCUGUCCUGCCGUCCCCUGAAACCGCUGCAUCUCGCUUCUGAGAACUGCCCAGAGUCGCUCUGCUGAAGGCACCGACCACAUCAGGGCAGGAGGCCCUGGGCUGGGCCCCUGCGAGGGCCGUGGGGAGAACGCACUUCCCGCCGUUUCCUUGAAAAGCGACAGAUUAAACAGAACCAGGUGUGCUGAGCUGGAGAGGAGCGGCCAGGAAGUUCAGGCGAGGACGCCUGCUCCUUCCCAGCGCUGGGUGGGUCCGCCCUGGCACGUCAGAACCACCCUGAGAAAAUGCAAAUAUUUGUUGUAACAGGAAUCACAUCACUUACUUUGAAAUAUAGUUGUCUUUUUCUCUCAGCUUCAUUCUUCGGGUGAAAAUAAAACAAAAAGCAA